AGCCGGGGGCUCGGGGGGCGCCGGGCCCGACGCGCCGCCUCUCGGCUCUGCCCGCAGGUCCCGGGCGCGCAGCCCUCGCCCCGCCGCCGCCCGCCCCGGGCCCCGGAGCGCGGUGGAGGGGCCCCCCGAGGAGCCGGGGGCCCGCGCCCCGCGCCCCCCAGACAUGGUGGGCCACCUGCAUCUGCAGGGCAUGGAGGAGAGCCUCAAGGAGAAGAGCCGAGAGGGCUUGCUGGACAGCCCCGACUCCGGGCUGCCCCCCAGCCCCAGCCCCAGCCCGCCCUUCUACUCCUUGACGCCUGGCAUCCUCGACGCCCGCGCGGGGGGCGCUGGCGCCUCCUCGGAGGCCCCCGGACCCGGCGAGGCCAGAGCGCCCCCCGCCCUCCCCCCGAGCACCCCAGCACGCGAGAUGAGACCUCGGAUGCUGCCUGUGUUCUUUGGGGAGAGCAUUGAGGUGAACCCAGAACCCACGCCCGAGAUCCGCUGCAAUUCUGAGGUCAAGUACGCCUCGGAGAAGCACUUCCGGGACAAGGUCUUCUACGCGCCGGUGCCCACGGUCACGGCCUACAGCGAGACGAUUGUGGCCGCGCCCAACUGCACUUGGCGCAACUACCGCAGCCAGCUGACCCUGGAGCCGCGGCCGCGCGCCCUGCGCUACCGCAGCACCACCAUCAUCUUCCCCAAGCGCGCCUGCAGCUCGUUCCGCACCACCCUGCACCUCAGCCUGGGCCGGCCCCGCCACUGGUUCACGGCCAGCGUGCAGCUGCAGCUCUGCCCGCGCCCCGGGCCCAGCCUCCUGGGCCCCGCGCCCCUCUGACCGGCGGCCCGGCCCCUGCGGCGGCGCCGAGCCGGUGAGAGCCCGGAGGCGGCCCGAGGACGGACUCCGCGAUCGGGAGGGACCCUGGGCUGUGUUUUCCCCGGGCCGCCGUGGCCCACCCAAUAAACACAUCUAUCUUAUCAGCACCUACACGGCGAGGCAGCGUGGGCCUGGUUCUCCCGAGGGCACGGCAUAGGGGCAGGUGGGUAGGCGGUGACCUCCCCGACGGCCAGGGAGAGAAGGUGUGUGUCCUUGGCUGCCCUUGAAGCGGGGGACACCCCGAGCGCCGGCAGGACAGAGGCGUCCCAGCCUCUGCUGAGGCCCCCCCCAGGCUGCUUGGGAGGGAAGAGGGGUGCCAUCCAGACACCCCCUGCCCCCACAGAGGGCUGCUUCUGGAGCGGGCCUUUCAAAUGUGUAUAGCUCCAUGCCCAGUGCUGUAGCCCAGCAACCUCUGGCAGACAGUGAGCCGGGAGGCUGGGCGAAAGCCGGAUGCCGAUGCCCGGGUCGGUGUGGGUUGUGUGGGGAGCAUCCCAGAGGAGCCCUGCCCACGCUGUCCUGGGGCCCGUGCCCAGGUGCAGAGGAUGGAGGGCACAACCAUCUGCACUGAGGUCUUUGAGCUCUGUGUGCAGAGCCUUACCUGCAGGGCAUCCUGCUAACCUCUGUCCACCGAUACCUUCAGGACCAGGACUCUGGAACGUCAGAGCCCUUGAGCCAGGUGCCAGGGGGAGGUGUUUAAGCUCUUGGAAAUGACCACCGCCACCUGCCUGAGGCUCCGGGCCAGCUGUCAGCUUACAGAGAUUCCGUGGGGUCCGGCUGCCCUCGAUCAGGCCUCCGGUCCCUACAGUGAUAACUCUGCAAUGGUCAGUGCAACACGGUCAUCACACAUGUGCAAGAUCAGGGGAGGAAGACCGGAGACCCUUGUGCUUCCUGCAAAGAGCCAGGAUGCGUGGGGCUGGGGCCUCGACCUGAGGCUGCCGGGUACCAGUGCCCCAGGAGCCACAGAGAUGCCCUCAGACCUGAAUGGACCCAGCAGGUGGGGCUGCCCCGCCACUUCCCUGGCACCCUGCCCCCCCAAUAUGGGGCUUUGGCUCCCUCGCUGCAGGGAGAGGCUCACGUUCAGGAGAUGCAAAGUGACUGAUAUAUUUUUAUAUAUCUACAGACUGUGCAUGAUCUCACCACAGAGAUGCUUUCUGAUUAACAAAGAAAUAACUUAAAGAAUCGAUUAUCUUAAUAAAAUGU